AGACGUCAUGUCUAUCUAUGGUCAUGUCUAUUGGCUGUCAUAUUUGAUAUUUAUAAUUAAUAAAUAAAGCUGCUUUUAAACUAACGUUAAACAAUUUAUUUUAAAUAAAUAUCAAAUUGGUAAUUGCUAUGGCGUCAAAUCUAAGUAAAGCAACCGUUUUACGAGCUGUGCCCGUACGUUGCUUUUCUAGUGGUGCUAACCAUAUACCAGUAAGUGGAGUUCCUAAUUACUGUGCCGAAAUUUCAAAAUUACAAAACGGUUUAAAAGUUGUAUCAACUGAAAAUUGUUCCCCACUUGCACGCAUUUCAAUUUUAUUCAAAGCUGGUUCACGUUUCGAGAAUUAUGAAACUUUAGGAGUUACUCAUGUCUUGCGUAUUGCAGCUGGUUUGAGUACCCAAAAUGCCACUCAGUUCUCAAUUAUGCGUCACAUUCAACAAGUUGGAGCAAGUUUAACAUGUUCAACAGAUCGUGAGGUUAUUUCCUAUACAUUGGAAGGAACAAGAGAAGCUGUCAAGGAAGCAUCUCCUUUUUUCGCAGAAGUUGCCACCAAACAAGUUUUCAGACCAUGGGAAAUUUCUGAUAACACUGACAGGCUUAAGCUUGAAUUAAAAAUCAGACCUUAUGAGCUUCGAGCACUUGAUCUGCUUCAUAAAGCUGCUUAUCGUGACCGUGGUUUAGGUAAUUCUCUAUUCAUUGGAAAAACCAAAAUAGGAAAGAUUUCGUCAGAAACUCUUCAGCAUUACUUUUGCCAGCACUUUGUGGCUAGUAAAGGGACAGUGGCAGCAGUAGGAUUUGAACAUAAUGAUGUUCUCAAGUUUGCUGAAAAAUUGAAAAUUAGAGAAAGCUGUGAUGAGAAUUGUAUGAAAUCUACAUAUACAUCAGGUGAAGCCAGGUUGGAGAAGGGUGGUAAUCUGACUUACAUUGCAAUGGGAAAGGAGGGUGGACGUCUGAUCCCUAGUAACGAAGCCCUAGUAUAUGGCAUAUUGCAGCACGUGUAUGGUACCAAACCGGGUGUUCCGUACGGCGCUGGAGGCUGCUCAGUUUUAGCCAGAUGUGUUACCUCAAACGUGCCCUCUGCUUCAGUACAAGCUAUUAAUGCUAAUUAUUCCGAUUCUGGUCUAUUUGGGGUUCUUGUCUGUGUGCCUGCUGCUAAUGCAGGAACUGCUGUGUCAUUAGUUGCAAAAGCACUCUCUUCUACUGACAUUACAGAAGCAGAUGUUAAACGCGGUAAAGCUCAGUUGAUGAGGAGUAUGUUGUCUUCUUUGGAAAGUGGAGCAAAUAUUGUUGAGAAUUUGGGUAUUCAAGCGCUUUUUUCAGAUAAUGCUUUGGAUGCUGUGGGCAUUUCUAAUGCUAUUGCAGGAAUAUCUCCUAAUGAUGUCAUUCAGGCCGCCAGAAAAGUUGCCAGUUCAAAGCUGUCGAUUGCUUCAAUAGGAAAUUUGAAAACUGUUCCCUUUUUGGAUGAACUUACUUGUUAAAAUAUUAUAAAAUUACAGAUUAUGUAUUUAUUAAAUAAAUUGCGCUGUUUGUAACAGAAUAAAAACCA